UAUAUUAAUAUAAACGAGAGUAAGAUAAAGACAACGUCGGACUAAAAAUUAAAUACCCAUCACCACAAAGUGUUUUCAAUUUACAUACAAUUAUUUAAUUAAUUAAAUAUAUAAGAAUAAGAUCAGAACUAGUGCAACACAAACAAAAAUACUGGCCAACCAAUACAACAAUAAACAACACUUCAUCAUCAUCGUUCAUCGAUUAAAAAACUUAACUGAAAGCAGAAUUUAGAAAAGUGACGCUACAAUUUGAAAAAAGCGUUGGUUGGAGCGGUGCUUGUAGCUGCACAACCAACGCAAAAAACAUAGUACAAAUACUGCAAUAUGGCAACACCACAAGUCAAGGACUUGGUGUUGCGUUCGCCAGCUGGAUCAUCUGAAGUCGUUACAUAUACGUGGCCUUUACAAGUUGGUUCCGGUCAGGAUAAACAUGAUAAUGGCAUCGAUAUUAUCGAUACGAUCAAAUUCGUUUGUGAUGAUCUGCCAAGUAUUUCAUCUGCAUUCGAAGAGAUUAAUCUCAAUCAAAUCGACACUGCCUGCUAUAAGACUAUGACAAAUCUUGUCGAUCGAUUUAACAAGGCUGUAGACAGUAUUGUUGCAUUGGAAAAAGGAACUUCACUGCCUGCCGAGCGUCUCAAUAAAUUCGCUCACCCAAGCCUUCUAAGACACAUACUGCAAUUAGUUUAUAAUGCUGCCGUACUAGAUCCAGAAAAAUUAAAUACAUAUGUACCAUUUUCACCGGAGGUUUAUGGUGAAACAUCAUAUGAACUCGUACAACAAAUGAUCAAACAUGUAAAUAUAACCAACGAAGACACCUUCAUUGAUCUCGGCUCAGGUGUGGGUCAAGUCGUUUUACAAAUGGCUGGCUCAUUUCCUUUAAAGACAUGCAUUGGUAUUGAGAAGGCUGAUACACCUGCCGCUUAUGCUGAACGCAUGGAUGCGUAUUUUCGUCAGUUCAUGGCCUGGUUUGGAAAACGAUAUUGCGAAUACAAAUUAAUAAAGGGUGACUUCUUGGUGGACGAACAUCGUGAGAAAAUAACAUCAUCAACUUUGGUAUUUGUAAAUAAUUUUGCCUUCGGUCCAAAUGUUGAUCAUCAGCUAAAAGAACGAUUUGCUGAUUUACGUGAUAGUGCACGUAUAGUAUCAUCGAAAUCUUUUUGCCCAUUAAAUUUUCGCAUAACUGAUAGAAAUUUGAGUGAUAUUGGCACCAUAAUGCAUGUCAGUGAAAUACCACCACUAAAGGGUUCCGUAUCCUGGACUUGUAAGCCAGUAUCUUACUAUUUACAUAUUAUAGAUCGUACAAUAUUGGAACGCUAUUUUCAACGUCUUAAAAUUCAAAAAGGUGCUGAAAAUGAUCACGUCGGUUCUGCACGUACCACCCGCGACCGUGCCAAACGCGAAGCGAAUAAUACCGCAUAUAAUAACUCAAAUUCAAAUUCAACUGUUGCAACCAAUAACCGUACCAACUCGCCAGCGAAUGUUAACAACAACGCGACGGCGUCUAAAAACAAACACCAACAGCAGCAGCAGCAGCAGCAACCACCGCAACAAACACAUUCGCAACGCAACAUUGAUAUGGACACAUCCACAGAAAGCGAUUGCGAAGCGUCAGCGAAUGGUACGAAUGUAAGUAAUGGGACAGGUCCUACAACUCGUAAAAUAUGGUCUGAUUGGUGCAGCUCAAAAGGUAAAAGUUCACAAUCUGAUGACGAAGAAAAUAAUAACUUCAGUAGCACAACGAACUCAAGAAAUACGCGUAUCACUACACAAAAGAAACGCAAGAAGCUUACGAGAAAGGCAGCAAUCGCAAACAAAACAGCUGCUGCUGCUCAAAGGGAAGCUGCUGCGAGGGAACGUGCGGAAGCUAUUGCUGCAGCAGCAGCUAAUAGCAAAGAAUCAUCCUCGAAGGAAGACAAUGCAGGUAGCGGUGGAGCUUCCGCUUCAAAUGGAGCAAAAGGACGUAAAGGUCGCAUGAAGAAGGGAGGACGCGGACGUAAGUCGCUAAAGAUCGUUGGUUUGGAUGUGUUACAUAAACAAACCUUGUUAAGCACGUCAGUGGAGAAAAUGAGUAAAAAACUACCGCCAGCUCCUGGCUGUGUAGAUCAACAAUUGACAUCAUUAUUAACUGGUAAUAUGUCACACACUGAAUUGGACAUACCAGAGGCGCCACAGAACACACCAUACGGUUUGCAAAUAUUACUAGAUCUAAUACGCUCGCAAUAUAUGAAUACAAUUGAGCAAAUGAAAAAUCCUGCUUUUGUACCACAAAUAAAACAGCAAAUUAUGUUUGAAAAGGAGCGUAAUGAACGUAUCAAAAGUCGUAUCAAUCAACUGGAAAAACAAAUUAAAACAUUAAUUGAUGACAGUGUGGCUUUGCUAAAAGCGCGUUUAAAUGAACUUGGUUUAGAUGUUGUAUCAUCCACUAAUUUAAUCGUUAAAGCAAAGGAAAUUGUUAAUAGACACAAAGAAUUGCAAAAUAUGGUUAAGAAAAUGCAAUCUCAGGUUACUAUUUGCGAAAUAGAACAGAAACGUUUAAUAAGAAUGCAUUUGCAAUCGCUGCCUGAAUACCAAAAAUCUUUUUGUAUAAAUGGUCGCACGAAAUCCGAUUUAAAUGGUCACAACUCAGUUCCCGAAAUAUCAGAAUCGAAGGCAAAGGAUGUGUUGUUGAAAGAGAUUUGGAAUACGUUGCAAGUGCGAAAGAAGUUAAACGGUCAAGUGGACUGUUUUCAACAAGAAACAGCAGCGUUGGAAAAAAUAAUGGAUGACCGCAGAACAGCAGCAGCAUUAUUAGCGCAAGGCACAAAUAUGACUCUAGCUACUUCUGUUUCUGCAACACAUACUACCCAACUCCAUUUGCCAACAGUACAUGCGGCGAGUAAUCCAAAUGGAAAUAAUUUACAGCCUCUACAGCUUACAACUAAUAACAAUAACUUUACUGUUAACUCAGCAGUGCCAAAUAAUGUAAAUUCAUCUAAAACGAGUAGUCAUACUAAAACUUCACGUCGUAGUCGAGACCAUCGUACACGCUCCCAAGAAUGGCCUGAUGUACCUGAUGUUGGCAAAAUUGAAGAAAGUAACCCAGAAGUAUUAGCUCAGAAAAUACUUGAAACUGGUCGACAGAUUGAGGCUGGAAAAUUCACUACUGCAAUCAACAGUAGGCAUAAUAAUCAACAUCAUGAUGAGAAACGCAGUUAUAAGCAUUCACGAAACAAUAAUGACGUGCCAACUGCAUAUGUUGGUGCACAGGACAGCACUUUAAUGCCAGCACCAUCUGCCAAAAGUCAACUGGUUUUAAACACAAAUGUAGCAUCUCCUACAGCGACCAAUUCAGUAAGAAGCAGUUCAGGAAUGUUGCCUAAAUGUGAACUACCUGGCUUAAGGAAAUCCAACACAAACAAUAUUGGUAUACAAGAAUCGCCAAAGGUAGCAAACUUUGAAGAUCGACUUAAGAGCAUUAUUACAUCGGCACUUAAUGAAGAUCAAGAACAUCGUAAAGCAGCGACCCAUCACUUACCGAACGGCAUGACGCAUAUGCACGAUGCUACUAUACAACCAAUAGUACAACAACCACCCUCAACGUCUAAACGCAGUAAACAUUCUACUGCUGUGUCUUCAGCAAAUCAUUUGCCCCCACCGUCGCAGGGGUCAAACAAUCUUAACAAUAUUCUUAACGUGGCUGCUCAAGGUCUUACACAUUUAAAUGCAACAACCACUAUUUCUCCUGUUACCCCACCACACUCAGCCGGUAUACCUCCUGGCUCAAGUAUAUCACACCAUAAUAAAUUUAGUAAUAAACAACAAACCGUAUCGUCUUCCUUAGCAAUAUCCGCCCAAAAAUACAGCACAAAAGAUACCUCUGCAAGUUCAAUGAAAUAUCAACAUCAUGUACCUGCUCAUCAACUGCAACAGCAUAAUAUGGCACAUAUGUCGCAACAAGCAUUGUAUCCAAAUGGAUCGAACGUAAUACCUACCGAUUUAGCUUACAAUCAUCGUCAGCGUAAUAACCUUAACGCGGCCAGUUUGGAGAAUUUUCACCCACAACAAUUGCUUAUGGCGGCGGCGGCUGCUGCAGCAUCACAGCAUCAGCAACACGCAAUGUCUGCUUCAAUGCAUAACCAUAUACUCCCAUUGGAAUUUAAAGCGCCCACAACUGCUGAUAGUUUUAUAUCUGCAGCACAGCGGUCGAGCAGUCGUGAACUUAUUGAUGAUGUAGUAGCUCCACGUUCGGGUUCUGCUAGCUCCGAUUCGGCUCUUAUGUAUUUUCCACCAACCCGUGAUCGCUUGAUGUCACAUGAGCGAAGUGUAAGUCGAGAAUCGGCCGCUUCACAGUCGACACAACAUCACCAACCCCCUAGACCCAAUUCUCGGCCGAAUUCAAACUCUUCACAACCUGACUAUACACAAGUUUCACCUGCUAAAAUGGCUUUGCGACGUCAUCUUUCACAGGAAAAACUGAAUCAAGUUUUACCUGCGUCAGCUAUUUCAAACGGUUCUAAUAACAGUGGCAUGCCAAUGUCGAAAACAAUUGGGGACUUAGUCAAUACUGAAAUCGAACGUACAUUAGAGAUAUCUCAUCAAAGUAUUAUAGAUGCAGCCGUUGAUAUGAGUGCAGUUGGUUCAGUCUCAGGUAUUGUUGCACCAGAACGAAAUCAUUUUAUGGAACGUAACCUAUUUGCGGAACGCGAAAGAGAGCGUUCUAAUGAGGCGCGUUUACAUGAUAGAUUAUUAAUAAAUCCUAAUGCACAGCGCCCAGAACGAGUUCAUGUGCGAUUAAUUGAUGAACAAACAUCUAAUAUGCAUAUUGCAAAUAAUUUCUCUAAUGUUUUGGAUAUAUCUUCACGUGCCAACGCCAAUGCCAAUCCUGGACGAAAGUCACCAGUUGCACAUAAUUUGGCUACAUUAGCUCAUGUGGCGUAUAAUCACAAAGCGAUUAAUGCUAAUGUGCAUGAUUCAAGUACAACAAAUACAAGAAAUAAUAAUCGUAACGCAAGCAAUGCAACACCAUAUCAGUUAUCUACAUCUAAACGAAUCAGUAGCACUUCGAAUGAUAAUCAAAUUACUAGAAGCUCACGUGCUAGAGAUUAUCAACCUGUAGCAUUGCCACGAGCUGAAAUGAAGGGUUGUAUAGAAGCAUAUUUUAAUGAUGAGCAUCAGCAGCAGCAGCAACAACAACAACAACAACAAAUACAACAACAUAAAUCCAGUUCUGUUAAGGAACGUAAUUCAGGACGCAUGGGUCGUUUAAAUAAUGGAAAUCCGCCAUUGGAAGGUUUGGCUGCUUCUUUACAAGAUCACGUGAUGGCAACGCGUAAGUUUAAAGAAGAAAAUGAGGAGCGCCAAAGACGUGCAGCUGCUGCAACUAAUAACGAAGUACAUAAUCAUAAUCAGCAACAUAAUGCAGCGCAUCAUGUGAACAAUCUAAAUGUACAUAAUAGUGAACACCAUCAGUCGUAUCAGAGCACGUCAAUAAAUAAUUUAACACAAAACGAGUCAUCUCCAAAACUAGAAGCUGGUCUUAAACGCACCUCUCCAAUGGUAAACAAUCAACCUCGGCCACCUAAAAUUCCGCAUUAUUCCCAAGACUCAAUCUCCUCAACUCAUCAUAUACAACAGAAUCAACAACAACAACAGCAGCAGUUAAAACAUAAUAAUUUGAAUAAUCCUUAUGCAAACGUGAAUGGUGGUUUACAUACUACACCGUCCUCAUCAACGCCUUCUCCAAAUAGUGCUAGACGUACAAAAUUACCACUUGAACCUUUACUUAUGAGUCCAGAAAUUAAUUCAAUAAUGGGUGAUGAGAGGCCAUUGCAAUUAUCUUCACAACGUCAGCAAAAUCAACAACCACCAAAUACGACAUCAAUCAUAAGUGGGCGAGCUGGUGCAGAUGACGAUGACGGCAUUGCUGAUGAUGAAACCCAUUGGCAGCAUCGAGUCAGUUCGGGCUUUGAUCGAUUGGUUGCAUUCGCGUCUACUGAGUUGGAUAAGACGCGUCGCUCAAUUGAUACAGAUACCGUACCUUCUUCAAUUAGCUGUAACACUUCACCUGAUUCGGGUAUCACUCAUAGUAGCAGUAAUUCAGAUAUGGCACGCACAUUUCUAUCCACAUCAUCGACAUCAUCGCAACUAGAUAUGCCAAUUGGUAGUGGUGGUAGUAGCAGUAGCGCAAGCUCUAAUGGUAGCAACUAUAUGCAUCACUUGCAUCAUCAUGUCAGUGAUCAUCUGAGCGAUAGUAGUAUGAAAUCUUCGCAUUCAGAUGCAACAUCAAUGCGUACCACACUAAAAACAUCAUCACCUAUAGAUACUAAUACCAUUGAGAGUCCGCCUUUAUCAGAUAUUGGUUUACCACGUACACCUAGUCCCAAUGCUGUUGUUGCUACACCACCACCUGUAGCGGCUGCCGUGGCUGCGGACAUAGUUACCACGCACAGUUCUACAGUAAACAAUGAUGCCAAUAGUGGUAGUGGUAAUUCCUUAAAAAUACCACUGAAAUACCAACGAAAAUCUAAGACAUCGUCAGAAAAACAUUAUAAGAAAAAGUUCUGUGAACGUAAUUGGGAGUACGAUUGCGAUGAAAUGAGUUACUCCAAUAAUUCAAGUAACCCGGCCACAAAUAUUAACGUUAAUGGACCAUUGAGUAUGAGUUCGAAAAAUGAGAAUGAACAUCGCACUCCCCCACAUAUGAAAACCGGUAAAUCACCAAAGGAGAGCACAAAUACAGGGAGCAGCAGAGAUAAUGAACGAGAGCGUGAUCGUGAACAUCAAGUAAGCAAUAGCAAUCAUCAUUACUCAAGUUCAAGUCAUCAUCAUCACAAAUCAUCCAAAUUCAGACCUAAAGGCAAAGAUUGGGAUUGGUCUAUGGAAAACAAUGGCGGUAAUUGUACAAAUAUCAAUGCAAACAACGGUAGUAGUAAAAAUAAAACGGAACUGACGGCCACAACAACAACGACUAAUGUUAAUUAAGCGUAAAAUAAUUUUAGUUUUUAUUUAGCAAACUUUUAACCUAGAUGUAGUUAUAUAUA